GAACCUUGUAGUAAAGUGAUUUCUCUGUUAAUCGUGUCUUCUUACUGGUCUUUUAAGUCGCUGAGUAGUGCUAGCCUGGGGUUAUCCGAAUAGCUAGGAUCCGAAUAAAGCGUUCAACCUACGAGACAUAACAAAUUGGCGACGGGGUUAGCUUAUCAAGAUGCCAUUUACCUUUGAACAAAUUGAAGCCUUGCUGGAGCGUCAAGAGAAACGAUUUGAGCAGUUCCAGGUUCGUAUCAUAGAGACUUUAACGCAGAAAUUGAACCUAAGUCAAUCUGGUGCUACAGAUGAUGCUGCCAAAUCUAAUGUCGACCACAUUAUUAAUUCUAUCCAUGAGUUCAAUUUUGAUGGUUCGUCUGGUAUUACUUUCGAAACCUGGUUCAAGAAAUAUGAAGAUUUAUUCAAGGUCGACCUCAGAAAACUUGAUGACGCCGCAAAGGUUAGAAUACUCUUAAGAAAACUUGGCACAGCUGAACAUGAACGCUAUAGUAAUUUCAUUCUCCCAAAGAACCCAAGAGAUUUUACUUUUGAUGAAACCAUUGAGAUUUUGUCACAAAUUUUUGCUGAACAGUCGUCCCUAUUUAAUAUUCGUUAUCAAUGUCUGAAGAUAACAAAAGCAGCUGAGGAUGACUGGGUGAAGCACGCAGGUUUAGUAAACCGUGAAUGUGAACGUUUCAAAUUAUCAACUAUGACAGAAGACCAGUUUAAAUGUCUCGUAUUCGUUUGUAGCCUCCAAUCUUCCGAUGAUGCUGAUAUUAGAACCAGAAUUUUGAGUAAAAUCGAACAGUGCCCAAACAUAACAUUACAAGAAGUUACUACCGAGUGCCAAAGGUUAGUGAACUUGAAGCAUGAUACCUCAAUGGUAGAAAAAGUUAACUGUUCCUAUAAUGUUAAUGCAGUCAAGAGAAAAUCCUUGCAAGGUUCCAGCACAUGUAAUUAUCGUAAUGACGGCGACAAACCAUCAUCUCCAUGCUGGGCAUGUGGAGGCUGGCACUAUAAGAGGUCUUGCCCGUAUAAAGAUCAUUGUUGUAGUAAGUGUCAUCGAAAGGGCCAUAUAGAAACCAGCUGCAGGAAAAGAAACUAUAAACGACAUUUUGCAAAACAUUACUGCAAGAAAUACAGGUCUGGGGCAUUAACAAAAAGAAUAUUGGUAUCGCAUAACAAAGCUCGAAGGUGCCACCAGAGAAAGUACGUGACCUUGAAUAUUAAUAAACACCGUAGUCGACUUCAGCUUGAUACAGCUUCUGACAUUACUUUAAUAAGCCCAGAAACUUGGAGGAAGAUUGGGCGCCCCACAGUGCAUCGAACAACACAACUAGCACACAGUGCAUCCGGCGGAAAGUUAAAUAUUGUUGGGGAAAUACCUUGCAUUGUGUCUAAAGGGGAGGUUACGACAAAUGCAACCAUAUACCUUACGAAGAACCCAGGACUCGACUUAUUGGGUCUAAAUCUUAUAGAAACACUCAAGCUAGCAGAACAUUCAAUUAAUAGCAUCUGCAGACGAGUUACUUCUGAUAACUCCUUAGAGAGUAGCCAGAAAAAUACUGUGUUGCAAAGACAUCACAAAGUGUUUAAAGAAGGAUUAGGAGAAUGCACGAAGGCUAAAGCAGUACUAACUUUAAAACCUGCAGUUACUCCCAUUUUUCGACCUAAAAGACCUGUACCCUAUGCUGCCCUCCCAGUGGUUGAACAAGAGAUAGAACGACUUCAAAAAUUGGGUGUCAUUGAGCCAGUGAAUUUCUCAGAAUGGGCUGCACCUAUAGUGGUAGUAAAGAAGACUAAUGGUAGCAUCCGUUUAUGUGCCGAUUACUCAACCGGGCUAAACGAAGCCCUAGAAACUCAUCAGUAUCCACUACCCCUACCUGAAGAUCUUUUUGCUAAGCUGAAUGAUGGUAAGCUCUUUGCAAAGUUAGAUUUAUCGGAAGCUUAUUUACAAAUUCCGGUUGCUGAUGAAUGUAAAAAUCUGCUCACCAUAAACACAUACAAGGGCCUAUUCAGGUAUAAUCGACUACCUUUUGGAGUCAAGACGGCCUCAUCUAUAUUUCAGCAAGUGAUGGAUACUAUGCUACAGGAUGUUCCAGGUGCUGCAGCCUAUCUGGAUGAUAUAAUAAUUAUGGGAGUAGAUAAAAUAGACUUAGAAAAGAAGCUCGACCAGGUGCUGUCGCGAAUAGCCGAAUAUGGAUUUCGACUGCGUGCAGAGAAAUGUAACUUUUGUAUGAAAAAGGUAAGCUACCUCGGAUUUAUAAUCGACAAAGAUGGCAGAAGACCAGAUCCAGAGAAUACUCAGGCAGUGAAAACUAUGCCUAGGCCAACGGACGUCCCUACACUACGAUCCUUUCUGGGACUAGUUAGUCAUUAUGGAGCUUUUAUUCCUAACCUUCAUCACCUGCGUGCCCCCUUAAAUAACCUUCUGGCGAAGAAUGUAAAGUGGGAUUGGUCUGCGGAUUGUCAAGCCGCUUUCGAGGAAAUCAAGAAAAUACUAGUCUCGGAUCUGCUGCUCACCCAUGAUGACCCAUCCUUACCCAUUGUAGUAGCAUCAGAUGCUUCAAACCAUGGCAUUGGAGCAGUUAUUUCUCAUAUCAUGCCAGACGGAUCUGAAAAAGCCAUAUCGCAUGCAGCUAGAUCAUUAACUACAGCAGAACGUAGCUACAGUCAGAUCGAAAAGGAAGCAUUGUCGAUUAUCUUUGCCAUAAAAAAGUUUCACAAGAUGAUAUUUGGACGCCAGUUCACCCUACUAACUGACCAUAAACCAUUGUUAGCCAUUUUUGGGUCGAAGAAAGGUAUCCCGGUAUACACAGCAAGCAGACUGCAACGGUGGGGAACUACACUCUUAGGUUAUGACUUUAAGAUCAAGUACCAGCCCACUACUGAUUUCGGACAAGCAGACGCUUUGUCUAGACUGAUUGGUUCGCGAGUAAAACAUGAAGAAGAUACAUUGGUAGCAGCAAUUGAGAAGGAAGCAGAAGUACAUCGAGUAUUGGAAGACGCAGUCGAUGGCUUACCAGUCACUUUCAAAGCUAUCAAAGAAGCUACGAUAAACGACAAGACAUUAAGAGAAGUUAGUGGUUAUCUCCUAACCAGGUGGCCGAACCGUCGUUUCCAAAGUGAGAUGCUACAAUAUUUCCGCCGGCGAGACUCACUCAUGAUGGUCGACUCAUGUAUUAUGUUUGGUGACAGAAUUGUUGUUCCAAAAACAUUACGCCACAGGGUUCUGAAACAAUUCCACAGCGGCCAUCCCGGGAUCAAUAAGAUGAAAGCGUUGGCUCGAAGCUAUGCUUACUGGCCUACAAUGGAUCAAGAUAUCGAAAUCAAAUGCCGUAAUUGCUCGUCGUGCCUGCAAGCAGCUAAAAAUCCAAAGAAGUGCGAACCACAACAAUGGGAAAAACCUAAUAGUCCAUGGGAGAGGCUGCACGCCGAUUUCGCUGGCCCAAUAAGAGGAAGAAUGUUUCUCGUCAUAGUGGAUGCACUCACAAAAUGGCCACAAAUCUAUGCCAUGGCAACGUGUACAGCCAGUGAAACGAUCAGCAAGUUAUUCGAACUGUUUAGUUGCUUUGGAGUUCCUGAGACUUUAGUGACCGAUAAUGGAUCACAAUUCACUGCAGAUUCAUUCAAGCACUUCUGCAACAUUAAUGGAAUUGUACAUAUACGCUCUCCACCCUAUCACCCUCAAUCAAAUGGACAGGCUGAGCGCUUCGUCGACACGUUCAAAAGAGCACUCCUGAAAGGGGAUGGCGAGGGGACAAGUCAGGUAAUUACGAGAUUUCUAAUAGCUUAUAGAACUACGCCCAACCAUAUCGUCCCAGAUGGAAAAUCCCCUGCUGAAGCGAUGUUCGGAAGAAAAAUUCGAACUGUGUUUGACGCCAUGUUGCCACCUAAACCAAUGGUGGGACGCAGACAAAAUCAGAACAUCCGGAGUUUUAACGUCGGGGAUAAAGUGCUCGUCAAAUCAUACAGCGAGAAAAAGCGUUGGGAACCUGGAGUCAUUGUAAAGAGAAUGGGAAAUGUUCUUUACAAGGUGCGUGGGACUUUCGGAACGUGGAUCAGACACAUUAAUCAAAUACUCAGAGAAAAAAGGAUCCUAGACACCGCAGAUAGCCAAGAGAGGUUUCCGCUAGAAGUAGUUACAGAUACUCCGGUGGCAAGAACCCCAACAGACACCCAUAGACAUGAAAUACCAAGGAAGUCCGAACGCCACAGAAACCCUGUCACCAAACUGCAAGUAGACCCAAAGAAAAAAUCUUAUUCGGGGGAGGUGUUAGAUCGGCUUACAAUAAACUCUAUCAGAGCCUCCAGAGAGGCUCAUAAAGAGACCAACCAAUCAGCGAUUAGUUAGAAGCUAUGCUACUAAAAUGCUACUAAAAUAACAAGGUCCUGAUUGACUGUUAACAUACUGUUACUAUGGGAUCUCAAGGUCUUUUAGCUACUAUAAAACCCCUGUUUUUCUGUACAUAAUUGAACCUUGUAGUAAAGUGAUUUCUCUGUU